AUGCUAUCUUCUGUUUUCGGCUUUAGUGUGCCGUGGCUUCAGCAGUUCCAUGCUGGCCUGGUCAGGCAGCACGCGUCAUUCACUAGUGAAGCGGAUGUGCUCACUGCGCAGGCUGCCUGCCUACGUCUGCUCAUUAGCCAGGGUUGGUUUUCAUGGCGCCUUCUCACAAGGGCACUGGGGGCAGAUAUGGAGCUGUCUGAGAUGGAAUUUUUGAAGCCUUUGGAAGACAUGGUGGCCCUUUUCUUGCCGCAGUUGCGACACACAUUUGGACAGAAUAUGUUGCAGAUGCGCUGCGAUGUGGUGGUCCUCGAUGGCAACGCCAAGAAUCGGAGGGCUGUGUGUGCAGCAGCUUUGGCCGGCUCCUCUCAUUCUGAGCAUCUCCCGCGCACCUUGCGCCACACCUGCACCAGGACGCCGGCCUUCCGCCAUGCUUUUUGCCGUUGGCAUUGCGAAGGACCUAUGGACGGAGAAGAUCACCUUCAGGUGCAAGGGCUGGGUCAUUGUCAUUUGUGUUGCUUUCUUCUGGCUGAAAAAAUGUGCCCUUGUCUUAGACCCCAACUUCAGGAUGUGGAGAUUGUGCGCCACAAGGUGGUCAAUGAUGGGCAGCAGCUUAUGGUUUUGCUGAAAGAGACCAUGGAGCCUCAGAGAGAGGCUUGGGUUUCGGGUGCAUGUGUCCCUGCAGCAGUUUUGCCGAAAUAUGUGCGACAAGUAGGCCAAGAAAAGCUCAAGCCUCGCAAGCGGUCACAUGAGGAUCAGUCGCAAAGCCUUGGCAAAGCAUCUUCUCCAUUGCCAUCAGCUUCUCGGCCUGCUGGGACAAACAGUCCUGCAGACCUGCAGCAGCUCCCAGACUCCACAGAUCUCAUGUCGGUCACCUGUUCUACGCACAAAGAAAGCACAGCUGCCCAAAAGCAGCUUAAAAAGUCUGCCGGAAUGCUGUGCGCGUGUUUGUCGGACGGUGUAAUCUUGCACAUGCAAGAGAUCUAUGGCUGCGAAUCUCUAAGCCAGCGAUACGUCUGCGUUGCCGCCGUCAAGGCAUUGAUGCCGUCCCUCUGCGUAGUCGUGCAUGAUGACGCUUGUCACUUGCACAAAUAUGCGGCCCGCAGGGCAAAGGACGAAAGGGAUUCAGCAGCUGCCGCUGGCAUAGCCCCGCCAAAGCUGACCUACGUAUGUGAUAAGUUUCACAUGGCAGGACACACAGACGCCUGGUGCAGGAAGACUUGUGAUCCGGACCUGCCGGAACAUGCAGUGGAAUCAAGAUUGGAAGAGAGCUUGCCAGAGCCGGCAGUGCAAGAUGGAUUGCCAGGUGGGCCUUCCGGAGGGCUUCGAAGGUAUUUGCGGCCAAGAAUACUGUCAGCUACAGUGGCCAGCUCCACGCCAGAAGAAUGGUUUCAUCAGUUUCAUCGUUGCUCCGGAGACUGGGACCAAGUCCGGAACGCGGACAAGUUGCCAGGUGACUUCUCGGGCCGGUGUUGGUACGGCUUACUCGGCAACUUUGAUGAAGCCUACGACUUCUUGCUCAGUCUUGGGCUUUUGUCAGAUCCCAGCACAUCUUCCAAAGCAAAAUUGAAGGUGAACCCGUACCAGAGCGCUUUCAACAAGCUGCUGCAAUUCGGCUCCAGCGUCAGAGCCACGAAAACAGCAGGAGCUUCGCGGCACCACUGGGUCCCCCUCACGCCUGACAUUUCUGAGUUGAUCGGCGUUGCCAAAGAAGCGGCAUCUCCGCUCAGGAAUGGCACGAGGCCGGCUUCGCAGAUGCAGGAAUGUUCCAUUCAUACGGCAGUGGCCCGACUGACGGCAUACUUCUCAGAGCCGCACCAAGUCAUCACUCUCACUGCGGAAGCAGAGUCGUGGCACUUGUCCUACCAGGGCGCCAUGAAUGUUCAGAGCCAUGUCGUUCGUGAGCCUGGGGACGUGCAAGCUGGUGCUCGUUUUGGUGCGGCUGGCAUCCUGGCAGCCUUGCUCUUGGUAUUCGAGAUCUUCGUUGGGGCCCAUUCCGUUGAAGCUCUUCAAGCAAAAGCUUUGCAGGUUCAGAGGUUGAAGCAGAUUGCACUCGGGGAUGCUGCCACAAGCCCAGACAAUGCCCCGCCGCUGGAACAAGAGGCUUCCUUUGCUUUUGCACCUGCCACGCAGCCGUGGAGACCAGUCGAUGAGAGUGAGGAUGAGGAUGAUGAAGGGGACGCAGGAGAAGUUGACAUGGAGCCACCCGAAGAGCCUGCUGAACACUUGGCCCAGCCGCCCCAGCCACCCCAACCCAUGGAUACGGAACCCGCAGCUUUAACUCUGCGAGAUGUUCGUGCCAGUGAUUAUGGCUUUGUUGACAAUGGACUUUCUGUGCAGCCGGAUGGCCUCCACAGCCGCCACUCGACCGACAGGGCAAUUUUGAAGCAAACGCUUCUGACAGGGAAGCCCAAGGUCACGCGCAAGGAGGCUUGUGACAAUUGCAGCUCCCGACAAGCAGGUCGCAAGGCUUUACCCAAGGAAAAGUGGACUGCUGUGAUGGCAGCUGCCGCGGGGCAACAUCCAAACCUAUUGCGCCUGGAAGGUGAGACAUUGUGCUUGCAUGCGCAGGUCAUACCUGACACUUCCAAUGGCAAGGUGCGGUACCACAACGAUCUCAUGAAAGCCUGCGGCCUCACCUUGCGGGAGCUGAUCGCAGCCAUGAACAAGACAACUGUGAGGCAUCUGAGAAGUCCGAGCAAGACCGCCGUGCAAAACGACAAAGCUCUGGAAGAGUCGGCUGCGCGCUGCUUUGACAUGAUCAUGGCCUAUAGCUAG